GGGUGGAGAGGGGUGAUAGCGGUAUAAAGGGGAGGGUAGUGUUGUGUUCUGUGUCUUGUGUCUACUGUUUGUGGGUAAGUGUGUCUGUUUAGUGUUCAGCCAUGAGCGAAUGGCGGUGCGGGCUCGAUGGACCUGUUGGUCUGCUCUCGCACCUACUUUCUAUGUUUCUAUGUUUCUAUGUUCAGCAAGCGACGCCACACGGACGUCCAGUUCUACACGGAGGUCGGGGAGAUCACCACCGACCUGGGCAAACACCAACACAUGCACGACCGCGAUGACCUGUACGGGCAGGGGUCACCGGGGGGUGAAGGGUCCCUGGGAUCAGUGCUGGAGCAGGAGAUGAGGCACAAGCUGAAGACGGCGUUUAAAAACUUCAUCGAGAAGAUGGAGGCUCUGACCAAGGAGGAGCUGGAGUUCGAGGUGCCCUUCUGGGACCUGGGAUUUAACGGCGCCCCAUACAGGAGCACGUGUAUGUUGCAGCCCACCAGCAGCUCCCUGGUCAACGUGACUGAGUGGCCCCCCUUUGUGGUGACGCUGGAUGAGGUGGAGCUGGUCCACUUUGAGUGCGUGCAGUUCCACUUGAAGAACUUUGACAUGGUGAUCGUGUACAAGGAUUACAGCAAGAAGGUCACCAUGAUCAACGCCAUCCCCGUCGCAUCCCUCGACCCCAUCAAGGAAUGGCUCAAGUUUUUCUACCAGUUUUUGCUGGCAAACGAGCAUCAGGUAGCGAAGGAGAUCUGGGAUGAGUACGUGGACUCCGUCAGCAAGAUCUACCUGUCCUAAUUCAAGUCCUACAGCAGCCGGCUGAUGAAAGUGCAGUAUGAAGAGGUCGCUGACAAGGAUGAUCUGAUGGGAGUGGAUAACACGGCCAAGAAAGAUAUCCUUUAAGGCCACAAGGAAUAGGAGUAGAAUGAGGCCAGUUGGCCCAUCAAGUUGAUUCCGCCAUUCAAUCAUGGCUGAUUUAACUCUCCCUCCUAAACCCAUUCUCCUGCUUUUACCACAUAACAUCUGACACCCGUACUAAUCAAGAAUCUAUCUAUCACUGCCUUAAAAAACAUCCACUGACUUGGCCUCCACAGCCUUCUGUGGCAAAGAAUUCCACAGAUUCAUCACCCUCUGACUAAAGAAAUUUCUCCUCAUCUCUUUCCUAAAAGAACGUCCUUUAUUUCUGAGGCUGUAACCUCUGGUCCUAGAUUCUCCCACUAGUGGAAACAUCCUCUCCACAUCUACUAUAUCCAAGCCUUUGACUAUUCUGUAUGUUUCAGUGAGGUCCCCCCUCAUUGUUCUAAACUCCAGCGAGUACAGGCCCAGUGCGGACAAAUGCUUUGCCAGUGCUGACUGUGUAUCCUAACACUGUGCUGCUAACGACGGCCAACUAAACCCUGGUGAACUUCGGUAGUCACUGCACGGGUAUUCCCCUGGUUAAGCAUCACCAUUUAACCUUGACUGGAAUAACUCAGCGGGACAGGCAGCAUCUCUGGAGAGAAGGGAUGGGCGACAUUUCGGGUUGAGACCCUUCUUCAGAAGAAGGAGUCUGUAGAAGGGUCUCGACCCGAAACGCCACCAUUCCUUCUCUCCAGAGAUGCUGCCUGUCCUGCUGAGUUACUCCAGCAUGUUGUGUCGAUCUUCGGUUUGAACCGGAAUCUGCAGUUCCUUCCUACACAGUUGACUCACCGCUCAA